AUGGUUAGUAAAGGAGGGGAGGGACUUCUUAGUCUCACCAUCAAGACCAAAUCAGAGGAUGAUGAAAGUGAGAUUCCUGUGCUUCUUGCUUCGAACAAGGGUCACCGAAAUAUGGUUAGAUAUCUCUUCUCUGGUACUCCAUGGUCUGUUUUGCUACAAAACAAUUGCAGGUGCGCCUCUGUUCUUCUUUCGCGAUGCAUAUCCGCAGAAAUAUUUGAUGUUGCUGCAGCAUUACUCCAACACACCGGUGCUAAAAAUAUAUCCCUUGAUUACGAAUCCGAUCAAUGUUUGCGGCCUCUAUAUGCAUUAGCUCACAUCCCUUCUGCGUUUCGUAGUGGAACUAAACUAAAUUGUCUUCAGCGGUUUAUUUACCACAGUACGUUUCUAACUUCUUACUUAGAUUACCACAGCCUAUAA